AUGGGAGCAGCCAGUGCAGGGAACAAGGUCCUCCUGACCGACAAGGAGGGGAGACAGCUGUCGCCCGACGAGGCACUGGAUGAGGCCGUGCCUGAGUACCGGGCCCCGGGGAGGAAGAGCCUCCAGGAGAUCCAGCAGCUGGACCCUGAUGACGAGAGCCUGGUCAAGUACAAGCGGGCACUGCUGGGGCCCCUGCCACCUCUCGUGGACCCGAGCCUGCCUAAUGUGCAGGUGACCAGGCUGACGUUGAUAUCUGAGCAGGCUCCAGGGCCCAUCACCAUGGACCUCACAGGGGAGCUGGCUGCGCUGAAAAACCAGGUGUUUGUCCUGAAGGAGGGUGUGGAUUACAAAGUGAAGAUUACCUUUAAGGUCAAUAAGGAGAUCGUCAGUGGCCUCAAGUGUCUGCAUCACACCUACCGCCAGGGCCUGCGUGUGGACAAGGCGGUGUACAUGGUGGGCAGUUAUGGCCCUAGCGCCCAGGAGUAUGAGUUUGUGACCCCGGUGGAGGAGGUGCCUCGAGGAGCCUUGGUGCGGGGUGCCUACGUGGUCACGUCCUUCUUCACUGACGAUGACAGGACAGACCACAUGUCCUGGGAGUGGGGCCUCCACAUCUGCCAAGACUGGAAGAGCUGA